UGGCACCAGCCCUGGUAGAGGUAGAGAGCGGUUGGGCUCGGCAACCUCGAAGGUCUUUUACAGAUGAGAGAAUCCCACGAGUCUGUAACUAAAUGAAGGGAAGCUCUCUGAUGGGAAGCCCACAUUGCUCAGUGCAUUCUUCUGCUGAGGAUUAUUAUUGCCUUUUUGUUGUCCAGAGGUCUCUGCUGAGUGAAAUGACAGCUGGCUCCGUCUCCGUCCCCCAGGUCAUACCACUUCGCAUCCCUCUCCCAGGGCAGGCUAAAUGUGACAUAGACACCAAUACCUUCAUAGCAAUGAAGUCAGAUACACCUGAGGUCUCUAUUUAUUACACUUUAGAUGGAAGUAAGCCAGAACUCAUCAGGAAACCUGGCUAUGGAGAGCAUAACACUUUUAAGUAUCAAGGUCCUAUCAUAUUACCAGUUGGGAAAAUAAUGGUCAAGGCACUGGCAGUUACAAAGGACCGCAGGAGGAGCACAGUUGUAACAAAGGUGUUUCUGGUCGAGGACAAGCAACCAGGCAUCCUUUGCUCUGUUCAAGAGAGUGACAAGAGUGUGCUACAAGAUGUCACCAUGCAGGAGAGGGAAGGUGGAAUGUUGACUGCAAAACCAAAGAAGAACCGAGUGAAUUUGCAAAUCAAGCCUGCCUGGAGUGAAGCACCCCAAGAUGUCCAAGCCUUGGAAACGGAAAGAAAGAUGACUCACAAGUCCCUGCAUGGACCAAAGCUCCUUGCCAGUCAUUUGGAUGCAACAGAGCACAGAGAUGAAUCCCUCUCAGCACUACCAACAGAGUCACUACAGGUUGCCAGUCCUCCUGCCCUGACUGCUCGGAGAAGUUUAGCAAGCACACAGCUGUCAAGGAUCCAGAGGGAAACAGAUUUCCUCAGGUGUCCACGCUGUUCGGCACCUCGCCUGUCUGACCCCCUGGCUCACUUCUGCCAGGAGUGUGGAUCUCCUGUCCCAGCCGUGCCAGUCCAUCGCUUCCCAUCCCCUGAGGGAGCACAGAUGGCGCCGUGUCUGGAGUGCAAGCACCUUGUGCCAACGAAUACACCCACGUGCAUUGUCUGUGAGUCACCAAAAGCUCCACAGCUGCAGCCCCCAGCCAACAGCUGCAUCAAGGGCAAAGUCAUUUGUCAGGUGUGUGGCACAGGAAAUCCCCUUCACCACAGACACUGUGUGACUUGUGAAAGCAAACUGCCUGAACUACAGACGCCAGGGUUUGGAGGAAACACUCCACCACCUUACCAUGGCCAGCAACAGAAGACAGUUCCGUGCUCCAAAUGCCAUCGUGCUAACCAGCGUGCUGCGCGCUUCUGUGACUGGUGUGGGGCCAAGCCCGGACCUCCUCCCUCCUAUUUCGCUUGUUUCAAGUGUGGUGCCAGCAACCAGCCCUACGCCCGCUUCUGUGGGUCCUGUGGUGUCUACAUAGAGCCUCCAUCAAGGGUGGGUUCUCCCAGCAGCAGUCUCGUGGAUACUGGGAACUCGCUGGAGGUGUCUGAGGCUACACAAUUUCAAGCUCCACUUGCCUGGCAACCUCUUCCUCAUUCCUUGCCCAAAACAAGGACAGAACUGAAAGAAAGAGAAGAGAAAGGAACCCAAACCAUUGGACUUUUUUACCCAUCUAGCAAACUCUUGGAAAAGAAGGAACUUGAGCUGAUUUCAGAGAAGGAAAAGCUGGAGAAGAUGAGCGAUCGAAAGCCUCUCCUGACAGCCGUUAGCCCCGGAAAAGGUUACUGGAGAAAACAGCUGGAUCAUGUCUGUGCUCACCUUAGAAGCUACGCUCAGAACAACCUCCAUUUCAGAGCACUGAUUGGAGAACCUCGAAUGGGAAAGAUGAAUUCUGCUGCCAUCUCUGAGAGCGACUAUGAAGUCACUAUUACACUGAGCUACGCUCUUGUCAAAAAGGACACUCCUGCUAAUAAACCAGGGCAGUUCAAUGGUCAUGACCUGAAUGCUCCAGCAGAAGGCAGAGAUGGACAGGAUGGCAGGCAAACCAGUUUGGGUCCUGAAUCCAAGUCAAGCCUGCUGAAUAGCUGCAACUAAAGAGAUGCAACCCUUCAAAAGUCACAUUUCAUUGAAUCUUCAUUUCCAAACAUCAAGUUUUGAAGCCUGCCUGAGUGUAAACCUUUUGUUACAACCAGCCUGAUCUGCAACAAACAUUUCAUUGCUUUUUCUUGUAGAAGAGUUGCUUUGAUGUCAACACAAAACACACUCUUUUUGUGAAUAAAUUCUUUCCAGAUCUCUCCCACAA